UAUGGUGGGCUCUCAGCUGUAUGAGUAGCAGCUCAGGAGGAGAGAGAAGCUACGGGGCUCUUGCUUGGGAAAUAGAUGUGAGACAUCCAGUAGCAAUUACAAACCAGCAGAAUGAAGGAAGUAAUCUUCUUGCUGCUCCUAUUGCUCUUACAGAGUGGCAGCAAUGGAUUUAAUCUUACAGAAAAGCUCUGGACAACAGACCAAGGCAAUGAAGCUCUGACAAGUGACACAGAUUUGACUCCAUCUCCAGCUGCAGUGCAUGGUUCUGUGGAUGCAGGUACAACUGCAAGGUCACCUCAUUCUGAGACCCAAGCUGCUGAGGAGAGCGUAUUGCAGGCACUCAUUUCUGCGUCUUCAGGCAAGACUCUGGGAAAGAAAGCUCUGAAGAAAGACUCCAAUGCUAUGACCUCUAUCCUUGCAAGCCAGUCAAAAGGACACAGUGAUGGAAACUCUGACAUAGAUAAGAUCAGAAACUUACAGAGCAAUGCAAGAAAGGCUCCUCUACUGCAAGAGGUCACUAUAAACCAGGAUACAGCUAUAGAGAACAGAUAUCCCAAGCAGCCAUCCCACAGCACUGGUAUCACCAACAUUCAAAGGGAUGCCAACACUAAACCAUCUGUCUCUGAAGCUACUAGAGGAAAAAACUGGUGUGCUUAUAUUCAUACAAGACUCUUACCAACAGUUGUAGUGGACAACCUGGAAACCUUCUCAUCAGGCAGAGCAAAGCCUUGCACUUGGCUUAUUGGAUCCUGUGCUCAGAGGUCCCAGACAACAACACACCAAGCCUAUAGAAUUGAGCAUAAAAUAGUAACAUCACUGGAGUGGAAGUGCUGUCCUGGCUACAGUGGGCAAGACUGCCAACUGAAAGCUGAAGAACAUCAGUCACUUCUGCACAGCACUCAGGCUGAAAGCAGCAGAACUGUCAAUGAGAAGGCACCAGGAGCUUCACAGGAGCCUAGUGGGCCAGCACUUACACAAAAAAUGAAUGAGAAUAUUAGCAGCCAGGAAAUGAAAUUGACUUUUCUACAAAAGAAGGUUGACAACGUUGCUGCUGCCAUGAAUGAUUUGAGCAAGAUGCUGUCUUCUCUGGAAGGCAAAAUCAAUGAAGAUAAGGGUACAGACUUCCAAUCUUUUCUAAAAGGUCUCAAAUCCAGGAGUAUUAAUAUGUUAGUCAAAGACAUUGUCGGAGAACAGUUAGAAGUAUUUAGAAGAGAAAUGCUAGAGAAUAUGGCUCAGAUUUUCAAGACUGUGUCUAGUUUGUCAAAUGAUCUUGAAAAGACAAGAGAAUUAGUGAAGCAUCUAAAUGAAACCCAAGAAAAAUUUUCUCUAGACAAAGACAUAAGGUCAACAAAUCUUGACAUUUUGGAGCUGAAGAGUCAUAUGGUGCAGAUGAAAGAGGAAAUUACCCUAAUUUGUGACAAGCCUAUAAAAGCUUUACAGAAAAGGCAGAAAUCCCUGGAAAACAACUUGGAGCAUCAACAGUCAAGAAAUGUCAUUUAUUAUGAAUCUUUAAAUAGGACCCUUAAUGAAAUUAGAGAUGCUAGUGAACAACUAUUAUCGACUGAAGAGUCUUCAAGACAAAAAAUUCCUUCAACAGAUGAAGUCAUAGAGUACAAUAUUACAGAGUACAUGUUUACUCUGCAUGAGAAGGUAAAAAAACAGGACCUGAUAGUACUACAGAUCUAUGAUGACUUAAGAGUUCAGGACCACAAAAUCAGUAACCUGAGUCUUGCACUGGAAAUUCAGAGAGGUUCUGUUCUGGGAGUCUGUGAUGACAUGUUGUCAGAGAGCAGAAAGGAUUUCCAAAUGCAGGUGUCAGGAACCCAAGAAAAUGUGGUUGCCCUAAACAGAAGUGUUUUUGAUUUGGUCCUUUCAUUGGACAGUAAGAUGGACAAAAUGAAUGAGCAAAUUAAUGAUUUGUCCUAUGAUAUGGAGAUCCUGCAACCCCUUAUUGAACAAGGUCCACCUUUUAGUUUGACUUCUGAGUAUGAACAACAAAUCCAAUCUGAAGCAAUCAAUGAGAAGCUUGAAAACCUCACAGCUGUUGUUGAUGGAAUGAGUUCUACCAUUAAGGAACUCUCAAAAACUCAGGAAGGACUUAAAAACAAAUCUCAGGCUUAUCAGGAGCUCUUGGAGAGUCAAAUGAAUGAAUGCUCUAAGGAAAUAGAAGAUGGAUUAAACAAGACCAUGAUAAUAAUAAACAAUGCUAUUGAUUCUAUUCAAGAUAAUUAUGUACAGAAAGAUAUGUUAUAUGUUCUGAAAAAUGAGACUGAGGUCUGCUGUGGCAGGGCUGAGAAGCUGGACAGCCUGUUGGCUUUUUUUUCCCAAUUCCAACAGUUGAAUGAAUCCAUCUGGACAUUGCCUAUUAGCAAACAGAAGCAUGAAUUCACUUCACAAGUAACUCCGUCACUUCCUGAUAUCCCACAUGUAGAGUCUGACAAAACUAUCCUUCACAAUUUUAGAAGAAUUAACUAUAUUUUAAAUGAAACAUCAUCAAAAGUGGACAAUCAACAACAAGAUAUCACUCACCUUGAGGAAAAACUACUUGACUCUCUGGAGGCAUCAAAGGACCUUGAGGUUCGUCUCCUGGUUGUGGAGUCAAAAAUUUCCAAGUUUUUGGAAAAGAACUAUGUUUCACAGAAAAAAAACAAGGCUGCUUUGACAGAGAAAGAGCAAACAGCCUCGCUUCAGCUCCAGACACUGAAUUCCAGGAUCAAGGCCCUGGAAGCAAAGUCGAUCCGUUUCUCAAACAGCAUUCCACUUCUGAACAAGACUGCUCAUGAGGCCUGGGGUCUGUGUCAAGAUGCCAACAGCAGAAUCCAGAAAGUGAAUGCAAGUAUACCUGUAUUAAUUAAACUUGCUCAGCCAGAUAUUCCUCUGCUGCACAGAGGACUCCAAGAGCUCAUUGAGUCUGUGCUUGAGAUAAAAGCAGGAACUAUCCUGACAAAUCUAACGCAGCAUGUUGACAUGUCGGUGGCAAGUGCAAUGAACAACGCCACCAAACUUCAGAAGCAAGUGAAACCAACUACGAAGAAACCAGCUCCAGUGAAAAAAGGAGCAGCAAAUGUCACCCUGAGUCUGUCAAGUCGAAGUCAGCGAAACACAGACAAUGCCAUAGAUUCAGGGCAGUAUUCAGCUUGUGUCAGCUCCCCAUGCCAGAAUGGAGGAACAUGUAUCAAUGACAGACAGAGUUUUGUUUGUGCUUGUCGCCACCCCUUUGGAGGAGUCAAUUGCAGUAUGAAGCUGGUGAACGAUGAUGCCUCGAGUGUUGAUUUUUCAAAAGGAUCGUACAGAUACGCACCCAUGGUGGCCUUUUUUGCCUCUCAUACAUAUGGGAUGACGACUCCAGGACCCAUCAGAUUUAACAACCUGGAUGUCAACUAUGGAGCUUCAUUUGCCCCAGCAACUGGAAAGUUCCAUGUUCCAUAUCUUGGGGUGUAUGUUUUUGAAUAUACCAUUGAAUCAUUUAGUCCCCAUGCCUCUGGCUAUUUGGUUGUUGAUGGAAUAGACAAACUUAGUUUUCAGGCUGAAAAUAUUAGUAGUAACAAAUACAAUGACAGAGUAAUUGCUGGAAAUGCAUUAUUAGAAUUAAAUUAUGGUCAAGAAGUCUGGCUCAGACUGGCAACUGGUUCUAUACCAGCCAAGUACCCACCAGUCACUACGUUUAGUGGUUACUUAUUAUAUCGUACAUAAAUCACUCAUAAAUGUAAACAUUCACCAUCAAAUGAAACACAUGGCAUACAUAUUUACCUUUGCUUUUAAAUAUUUCAUUUCUUUCACAGCAAUAAGUUUCUGAAAGUAACUAAAGCAUUGGCAUUGGCAUUUGAAGUGUCUACUGGGCUGAUUCUCCACAUUGCUUGUGCAUGCUAAGAAGAGAGUCCAUAGGUUGUGAGUUAGUAUAGGAAAAAUAAGUAUCCUCCUUCUGUAAACAUGAGUCAGAAGCACAGAUCUAGUUAGGUCCUACAUUUCCAUUGGAUAAACAGACAAGGAAGCUGAGAAUCAGUUCUCAAGAAUAAUCAAAGCUUCUUUUGAUUACUCCUUUACAAUGUGAUUGCACGCCAAAGGAGGUGGAUAGAUUUGAGGAUUUGAAUGAUGGGAUUGCUACUUAGCUCAUUGUACCAAAUGGUAGUCAUGUAUAGACUUUUUUUUCCAGCAAAAAUAACAUUUUUUUCCCCAUUUUGCUUGAUAUUAUCCACCAGGUACCUUGAUAUAUCAGCAAUUAAUUAAUUCAAAAUUUCAUAUAGAACCUACAUGGUAAGAAACUUAUUUUUUUGCAUAGCAGAAAAAAAAAUAUCUGCAUGUUUAUGUGCUCAGAUCAGAAACAAGGUGGACGUUUUUAAUGCUGAAUAUAAUUAGUCAUAGGAAGGACAUUACAAUGGAUUUGCUGGAGACUUUCUCUUGCUUGAAGCAUUUAAAUCACAGCUGGAUUCCCUUAGGUGGUGUCUUUCUGAGCAAGCGUUGUUAUAGGGGCAUUAUGUACACUUUUGGAGUGUAGUCUUAGGCCUAUAGUACACAAGGUUAAAUGAGAUAACCAUAGUUGUCUUUUCUAAGUUUGGACUCUAUAAAUCUCUGAUUUUGUUUGUUUUUGCAUUAUAUUCACUGACUACUAAGGCAGGAUGAAAUGAACUAUGAACUUCAGUCUCCAUGAUCUCAACUCUUAUUACCAAACCAAUUAAAAAAGUAUUUUCACUUUGUACUGUGACUGCCUGUAUAAAAUUAUGUCACAUUGCCUAUUUCCUCAAAGGGAAGCAGUUUGAACAUAGCUGAAUAAAAGUAAGACAACUGUUUUUUACAUACUUAUUCCAGAAAAUGCUAACAUAUACAAACCAGGAAGGUAUAUGCUGGUAAAAUUUUACAGUAAAGUGGAAGUUAUUUCAUGACGUUGAACAUCAGAUACUGUAUUUCAUCCUUUCUUUCUCUCUUUUGCAUACAGAGUUCAUUAAAUAGUUUAACCUCUAAAUGGUAGGCCCAGUCUUCAUUCUUAAUGCUAAGAGUAUUAGUAUUCCUCCUGUGCUGCUGCUGGAGCCCAGCCUCAUGCUCAGGGUUCACCUUGCACUGAGAUGCAGGGUUGCUUAAUUUCUUGGGAAGGGAAGUUGUUCAAAGUGUCCUGUAACAGCAGAUGUGAUCAGAGUUUCCUUCCUCGUCUUCCUUCAAAACUAAGGCUUCUCUUAAAUGCUGUAAAACACAAGGGAGAGCAUAAAGUGGUCUCACCAUCUGCUCUAAUCUUGGGCUUAUCCUGCUAUGGAAUAGGAAUCCUGUUUGACCUAGGGAAAUGCAUACAGCCUACUGCAAGCUAAGCUGUCCCAUUGCAUUUUUUUUUCUUUUCUAUUUUUUUUUUUUCUGAGCACAGUGAUCUGAAUGAAAGCCUCUUAUCACUUCUUUGCUGCAACCAGCCAGUUGGUUACAUGUCCAAGGCUCUUUUUCUGUUCUCAAAGACUUACUGUGAAUUCAAGGGAGAUGAAAAUGUUAUAUUAAAGCCCAUUUUUCUGAAGCCUUAAAUCCACUAAUUACUUGUUAAUGGAUCUUGCAGCAUAUAAGUACUCAAAAAUAUCCUAUGUUUCCCUAAAUGAUCUGAAAUAAACAAAACCACUAUACUAACUGCAAAUUUUCCUAACAGUUUGAAAUAUUUUUCUGUUGCUUGCAUUUUUGUUUUGGAUUUUUUUUUUUUUAAGUUCCUUCAUUUUUGUGGCUGAUUGAUUCUUGAUAUACCAUGAACCCUGAGUGAGUGUGCUACAGACAUUUCUACUGUUGCAUGCUGUAAUUUUCUGUACACACUCAAAGUCCUUGAUAGAACACUAACUCAGCCUACCGUAUCACUGAAUUUUAUCAGGCUUAAUGACCACAUGCUGCAAUCCCCCCUUGUAUGAUUUUGUCAUUUUUAUGUGUUUAGUCUUCUUAUUCCUGCUGUGGCUAUGGCUAAAUGGCGUGGAAAUUGCUGUGCAGAUGAAAUUCAAAUGACCCACCAGAGACUGCAUGUCUAUUUUAACUUGACUUUCUUUGCCCUUGCCACUAAAUGGUAUGAGCUUGCUCCUCUCCACUCUUUUUCCACCAAUAACCAGAAACUUUCUGGGCCAUUUCAUUGCUUUUCCUUUCUCUUUAGUUGUCUUUUUUUAAAUUUUUUUUUUUUUUUUUUUUUUAAUUUUUUAUCCUUCAUGAAACUCCUAAUUCCUUAGUUCUGUUUAAAGCCACAUCUGUAGAUGCAACACAGGAAAAUUCUUUCCUUAAUUCAAAAUGAUACUGAAACUUAUUCUCAUUGUACUAUUUAAAACAUGGAAGAAAUAGUCUUUUAAAAAUACAAUAAACAUUAUACUUUUUAAUACAGUGCAAUAAUCCAUUAAAA